AUGGGAUUCACAGCUGAAGUGGGCUUCACCAUACUUUAUUUCGUGACAAUGGUCGCAGCGCUGCUUGGAAACACAUUGCUGAUAUACAUUGUGUGGAAAAAACCUGAGACGAGAAGUCUGACAAGUUUCUUGUUUGUUAAUAUGGCAGUGGCCGAUCUAUUGGUUGCUAUUUUUCAGUUGCCUAUUAACUUCGUUCAUCUGCAUGUAUCAGAAAUUCCUCCUGAGGUUGGCUAUUUUUCGUGCAGGUUCCUUUACUACCUCGCUAACAUUACGAUGACGGCGUCUAUCUUUAGUCUUGUUGUCAUGGCAUUUGAUCGAUACUUUGCUGUUGCACAUCCUUUAAGGCAAAGGAUUUGGUUCAGGAAAGCCAAACUAAGUAUCCCACUCAUAUGGAUCUCAUCGUUAGCUUUGAUGGCUAUCACCCCUUUCGCCUUUGAGCUGGAGAAUGGACGGUGUUAUUAUGCAGAGGACGAGAUGCCACCACUGGCCUUUUGGACGUAUCUCCUUGUCAUCAGUUACCUCCUUCCUCUCGCUAUCAUCUCUGUUCUUUACCUCGCAGUCGCCCGAAGAAUAUGGUUCCAAGAAAUUCCCGGGCAACAAGAAAGCAUCCGAGACCAGCCACAGGGUCAGAUCCCAAAGAAGAAAGUUCUCCGAAUGCUCAUUAUUAUAGUGGUGGUGUUUGCUCUUUGCUGGCUUCCCUUGCAAGUGUUCCAAAUGGACUUCGCGGUGCGAAACAUGCUGAAAGACUGGCAUCCUAUCUCCAUCUACUUCUGUUAUUGGUUCAGUCAGUCAAACAGUGGAAUAAACCCCUGGUUAUACAUUGGCCUAAAUGGAAAAAUGAAGUCAGCUUUCAACAAAAUGAUUCGAUGCCGUCAAGGAGGAAGUGGUCAGAGGAACAAGGCAUCCACUUCCACUCUUCCUCAUGGGUCAGCAGGAUGCACACGUUUGUAGUACAAUUUGUGAAACCAUUUCGACACCUGCAUAAUCAAGUCAAGUCUAGCGUAGUUAGUAUGUAUAUAGGAGCUUUUUCUAGCUGAAUUCAUCGUAAAAAGUGCCCAAAGCAACUAUUAAUUACUGCAUAGACAUAUUUAUGUUUACUUGAUAUACAAAAUCACCUUUAGCUUCAGGCUGUAAGACCUAAGCGCUUUUCCUUAGUUUUUUUUUUUUUGUUAUCCUCUUCUUUUCUCAUAUUCCCUUGUUAGGUUUUUUUUUUUUGUUCAGUUCGUUAUCGUUUUCCAUGAGUUACACCUUUACUUUCGUACCCUUUUAUACCUCACACAAUGACACGCAGUCCUCUUGUAUUUAAACGCAAUUUCUUUUUAACAUAAUCCCUUUUUUUCAGUCAGUUUUUCUUAAAGUCGCGCCAAGCACAGUUCUCUGUUCAAGAAUUUUGUAAAGAACCGAAAAAAUUGACACUAAUAAAUUUUUCUUUGGUCAAACUUGCACGUUCAAAAUGGAUAUGCAGCC